AUGAUGAUAUUAUCAUAUUUAGAAAAAUAUUGGAAAUCUAUAAUCAUUCUAUCAAAUCUCAUAUUUAUUGUAUCCAGUAUUGUACUCUUAUCAUUAGGUAUUAUAGAAUUGAAUUACUUAUCUAAAUUUCAUAUUAUUUUACAUGGUGCUAAACCGAUGAUCAUUCCAAUUGUGAUAACUACUGGGACAAUUGGUUCAAUUGCUUCUCUUAUAGGAUUUAUUGGAUUAUUUCAAAAGAAACAAUUUAUUAUAUUACUUCAUAUUGGUGGGUUAAUUAUAGCCGCGUUAAUUGAAUUCAGUACAGGUAUUAUGUCAGCUGUAUCAAAAGAUCAGUUUUUUGUCAAUGUCAAUACUUCAUUACACGAAUCUAUAGUACAGUAUCAUAAAAAUUAUGAAAUAAAGAAUGAAUACAAUAAUUUACAAAUUAGUCUUGGUUGUUGUGGUGCAUCAUCGUUUAUUAAUUAUAGAACACUGCGUUUUCCUAUACCGAAUUCAUGUAAACCUACAUCAUAUGGAUAUGGUUGUGUUCGAGCAAUUACUGAAUAUAUGCAACAAUAUAUCAUUACAUUAAUGUAUCUAUGCUUUAUUUUUGCAAUAUUAAAAGGGAUAUAUAUCAUGAUUACUAUUUUAUUAUAUCGUAAAACUGAUAUUAAAGGGGGAAAUUCAUAUGUGUAA